AACGUCUUUGUUCCUGAGGUCCAGCUGUCUGGUGCUAGCAGUCCUUCUCCCAACCGCCACUGCUGAUGUGAAAUACCAGACCAUGAGGACAUGUGCACUGGAGGGGUCGUCUGUGAGCAUCACCUGCAGCUACAGUUAUCCUCAAGGUCAUAAGGUCACAGCCACCCAUUGGUUCAAAGGUCAAUCGCUGGACAAAGUGACAAAUGACAUCUUACAAGACCAAGUGUUUAGGGGCCGUGUUGAAUACGUAGGCGAUGGGACCCAGAGUUGCACUGUGAGAAUCAACGAUCUCCAUUUGAGUGACUCUGGAACCUACUGGUUCAGCUUUGAGACGGAUCAUUCUGGAAAGAAACAGAGCAGUUCAUCUGGAUUUACACUUUUGGUCACAGACCUGGUGGUGGAGGUGAGCCCUGACGUGAGCGUGAUGGAGGGGGAGAUGGUGGACCUCUACUGCGGCUCUUGCAUCCUGAGUGAAGCCCCCACCUACGUCUGGCUGAAGGAUGGACACAUACUAUCCAGCCUGCAACGCACCAACCAGCUGCUGAUAGACCCCGCAAACAUGCACGACACGGGCAACUACUCCUGCCAGGUCAAAGGCCAUGAGGCCACACCCUCUCACCCUGCCCGUCUUACUGUGACAUGUUAUCAGCAGGUGCAGGUGUGGUUGUCACCUGGGCAGGUGAGAGAAGGGGAGCGUGUGGAGCUCACCUGUAACACCACCUGUCCGAUGACCCGCAGAUCUGCCCUCUUCAAAUGGUACAAAGACACCAUCAGUCUCCUGUCCGGUCAGAACCACGGACAGCAGCUGGUUCUGGAUCCAGUGACGGUGGAGGAUGCUGGCAGAUACUCCUGUGCUAUGGCUGGACAGCAGGAGCUUCACUCCCCUGCUGUAGAUGUCUUGAUCCAGUAUUCUCCCAGGAACACAACAGCCAUUAUGUUGGGGGAACCACUAGAGGGAGCCUCAGUGACUCUGACCUGCGGCAGUGAUGCCAACCCACCAGUAGAGAGCUACACCUGGUUUAAGGUGAAUGAGUCCACUCCAGUAGGAUCAGGACAGCAGUACAGCAUCACUAACAUCAGACCUGAGGAUGGAGGACAGUACUACUGUGAGGCCAAGAACACCGUUGGAAGUGGGAGAUCACCUACACUCUUAGUUACUCUGGAAGGUAAAGAGUUUUCAGCUUUUGCACCAAACGGCAGUUGAACAUACUUCAGAUUUGUGUAAUAUUCUCUUGUCUUCUUUCACUUACUCACAAAACCAACACUAUACCAACUUCCACUGAUCAAUCGAACUAGAAACACCAGAUGUGAUAGCGGU